GAGGCCUAGCAUGUUCCUUUACCCUCAGAAUUAUUAUGCAAGCUUUUUCUUUCUUCUACUCUCCGAAUAAGACCAAUUUUCUCUCAUUUUCCUUCUCUUUCUGCAAGAAACAUGGAGAGGGAUUCAUCUGCAGGGUCACACAUGAAUCAUCAUGAUGAGCAGAAAGAAGAGCAGAAUCAUCAAGACUUGGAACAGCCUCAUCUUGAAGAAGACUAUGAGUCUCCGACUUUCAAUCUUCAAAAUGUUUCAAAAGUGAUUCUUCCUCCAUUGGGUGCUUCAAGUUAUAAUCACAAUCCAGCUCACCCCAAGGGAUGGAUCAUAUCCCCAAUGGACACCAGAUACGGGUGUUGGGAGAGUUUCAUGGUUGUUCUGGUAGGGUACUCAGCAUGGGUAUAUCCCUUUGAAAUAGGGUUUCUGAUGUCAUCUCCAACUCACAAACUCUACAUUGUGGAUAAUGUUGUCGAUCUCUUCUUUGGCGUUGACAUUGUUCUCACUUUCUUCCUUGCUUACAUUGAUCGUUCUACUCAACUACUUGUCCGAGACUCCAAACAAAUUGCUCUCAGGUACGUAUCGACAUGGUUCAUAAUGGAUGUGGCAUCAAGCAUCCCAUAUGAGGCAUUAGGUUAUUUGUUCACAGGCAAACGCAAAGUGGGUCUUACUUUCUUCCUCUUGGGCAUCCUUAGACUCUGGAGGCUCCGAAGAGUUAAGCAAUACUUCACCAGGCUUGAGAAAGAUAUCAGGUUCAGCUAUUUCUGGGUCAGAUGUGUUAGACUUCUUUGUGUAACGUUUUUUAUAGCACAUUGUGGAGGGUGCCUCUACUACUUGCUAGCUGACGUGUACCCUCAUCUAGGGAAGACAUGGAUAGGAUCAUUGAAUCCAGAUUUCAAAGAGACAAGCAUUUGGAUAAGAUACAUAUCAGCCAUGUACUGGUCCCUCACCACCAUGACUACUGUUGGCUAUGGUGAUUUUCAUGCUGUCAAUCCCAUGGAGAUGGCCUUCACCAUUUCUUACAUGCUCUUCAAUCUUGGCCUCAUUGCUUACUUGAUUGGCAGCAUGACCAAUCUUGUUGUUCAAGGAACUUGUCGUACCAUGGAAUUUAGAAACAACAUUGAAGCAGCAUCAAAUUUUGUGAGCCGAAAUAGAGUUUCUCCAAGGCUGAAAGAGCAGAUCAUUGCUUAUAUGUGCUUAAGAUACAAGGCAGAGAGCUUAAACCAUCAUCAGCUUAUGGAACAAUUGCCAAAAUCAAUAUGCAAAACCAUUUGUCAACACUUGUUCCUUCCUGCUGCGGAGAAAGUUUAUCUUUUUAAAGGUGUCUCAAGGGAGAUCUUGUCGUCCUUGGCUGCAAAAAUGAAGGCUGAGUAUAUACCUCCAAAAGAAGAUGUUAUCAUACGGAGUGAAGCACCGGAGGAUGUUUACAUAAUAGUGUCUGGAGAAGUGGAAAUCAUUGAUUCUGAAAACAAAGAGAAAGUUUUAGGGAUUUUACAAAGAUGGGACAUGUUUGGAGAAGUUAGUGCAAUUUGUUGUAAGCCUCAAAGCUUUACUUACAGAACCAAGACUCUCACACAACUCUUGAGACUCAAAACUAGUGAUUUUAUGGAGAUAAUGCAGACUAAAAAGGAAGACAAUAUACAAAUGCUAAAAAAUUUCCUUCAGCACUUGAAGAAGCUUCACGAUCUAAAUACUAAAGAACUGGUGAUUGAUUGGAAUAGAGAAGAUGACCCAAAUAUGGCUGUGAGCUUGUUAAAUGUGGCCUCAACUGGCAAUGCUGCUUUUCUUGAAGAGCUUUUAAAGGCAGGCUUGGAUUCUAGUGUUGCAGACUCCGAAGGCAAAACCCCAUUGCACAUAGCAGCAUUAAAAGGGCAUGAAGAGUGUGUAAAAGUGUUACUUAAUCAUGCAUGCAACGUACAUGCAAGAGACAUAAAUGGCAACACUGCACUAUGGGACGCCAUAGCUUCAAAGUGUUACUCAAUAUUCAGAAUCCUGUACCAGCUUUCUGCACUAUCUGAUCCACACACAGCAGGUGAUCUCCUCUGUAAAGCAGCAAAGAGAAAUGACCUGAAAGUGAUGAGUGAGCUUCUAAAGCAAGGCUUAAACAUAGAGUCCAAAGAUCACCAUGGUUCAACAGCAAUGCAAGUUGCAUUGGAAAAGAAUCAUGUGGACAUGAUUCAAUUGCUUUUCAAGAACGGCCAUGAACAUGAAGGAGGAGGGCAAGAGCACGUUUGGGGAAGAUAUAAUAAUAAUAGGCAAAUCUAUUCAAGAGUUAGCAUAUUUAGAGGCCAUCCUAUAUUGAGAAGAGAACAAGGUUGCAUUGAAGCUGGCAAGAUGAUAAGGCUGCCUAACUCAAUAGAAGAGCUCAAGAGCAUUGCAGGUGAAAGAUUUGCCUUUGAUGCAAAAGAUGCAAUAGUAAUUGAUGAAGGAGGAGCAGAGAUAGACUCGAUUGAUUUGAUUAGAGAUAAUGAUAAACUUUUUAUUGUUGAAUAGUUAUAUUUAUUGUAAUAUAUAGUGUAAGCUACUAAUUGCCACAUAUUUGAGGAACUGUGUUUAGAGAUUUCCCUAUCCAGACCACUCCCAAACAUCAACCAUAUAUUUGUCUUUCCUCUUGAAAAAAAAAAGAACUGUAAAUAUAUUAU